AAUGGCAUUUGCAAUCAUGAUUGCUUACUGAGGUAAUACAUAUAAUUAAGGAUUAACAUAACAUUAGGUGGUCCUUUGUGGUACUUCCCACCUCAGUUACCAGUGGACCACUUCAUUUCAGUCACAAAUAAACAAACCAGCAGAAUUACAAAAAUAUAUGCCACUCGAUAAACACAGCCAAUAAAAGUGAUGGGAGGUUUUAUUCCUAUGUCAUCAUGACGCAUUCAGCCAGGCUAAUUGUCUUGUUUCCUUAUUCCAAAGUGUGAAGUGCAAGUUGCACAACACUCUGCACUGCCUUGUUUCCGAAACCAAACGUCCCAUAUAUGGGCACGGAUGAAAACAAACUGCUGGCUUCCCUUUUCGCAAAAGUGAAAGUAAGCACUUCUUUCUACUGUUCAAAUAUGAACCUGAUGGCACAGUUUCAUUUCCAUGGUAGUAGCAACCUGAGAGCAUAAAGCCUGCCCGCAGACAACAUACAGAUCAGAUAAGUGAAAGCAGUCAACUUGUGAGGGAUGAAGAUGUCGGGAAGACUCGUGCUUGGCUGCGCCGCACUGCUUCUUGCCCUCACCUAUGUGUCUGCCAUCAAGAAGCUAAAUACCAUAGCAGAUUUGAAAAAGCUUGACUUUGGCAGAAGGGUGCCAAAGCACAGCCUGCUGCUGCUCCACUGGUUUGCCAACGUGAUUGACAUUGAUAAUAAUGAUGUGAUACAACUGACUUUUGACCCAAACAAAGGAGACUAUGGGUCACAUCACUAUGGAAACUACGAGAGGAUGUUGAACCCACUGCCUCAGGGGGACAUCAGAUACCGCUACUACACGGUUGGCAAUCUCUACCCCAAUCAAGCCCAGUCCCAGCUUCCCGAUUAUGUUCUCCAUCCACAAAGGGAGUACAUGGGCGGCAACCGGGACCGGAUCAUAUUUCGAGUGAGAGCACACCACACAGCAUGGCAAGCUCGUGAGACAAUAGAUGAAGUCUAUAUCACGCAACAUUAUGAAAACUCAAAUUCAGGCACACGUUACGAUCCUGCCAACACAUACCAGAUCACCACCAACCUCCUGAGAGAGCUCAGAGAGUUUUCAAUGGAACAAAGUGACAAUAACUCCCUGAGAGAGCUCAAAGAAGCCAUUGGAAGCAACAUUAACAAUUCACAGUUAAGGUCCCUCAGAGUCACAUGGGGUGACCUUGCUUGCCUUGGACUUCUGCUUUUUAUCAUCUUUGAGGAAAAAUUCUACCCACUCAACAGAAACUGGGCUGCAAAAAGAAUGAACAGACAUUUCGUCAUCAAUAUUCCAAACAGCAGCCACAAUUUCUAUGUUGGUCGAGUUCCACAACAGCCUUCUGUUCAGGAAAACAUUCAACUUGUAGUGACAACUGGCACAAAUGGAAGAGCUAGUAUUCUUUGGCAGGGUGUUCCUGAAGAUCGCCUACAGGAACGUGUAAUGGUGGUACUGUUUAAGGACAAUGAGAGCCAGACAGAAAUGUAUUCAAAGCUGAUUAGCAGCAACUUCGGCAAUUUGGACACCUCUGUAGUUUUGAAUGCUGGUCUUCAGGCGCGGCUACAUAAGACAAGAACAAAGUACUGUUUCUUGACAGUCCCGGCCGAGGAGAUCUGUAGAGGCGGAGAGUUUCGAAAUCCAGAAAAAGUCAGGCUACAAGGCUACGAUGCAAGCCUACAGCUUUUUGUGAAGGACGGUAAGGCUUGUGCUCGCUUAUUUGUGAGCAAAGCGUUCGGAAACUGGAGGUCUGAGUUUAACAAGUCCUGGGUGGGGUUCUACGCUGGUGCAAAUAAAGCUACCCAUGAAUAUGAAUGGUGGCGGUGGCAGUGGGCCACAAAAUUCCCGGCAUCCUCUCCUCUCGAUACCGUCCAUGAUGUGUAUGAGUAUCACUCGGGUAUGACCAUUGCCCCAGGAGUCCAAGCAAGAUUCAUUCUGAGUGGUGACACGGUUCUGGCACAGUCAACUUGGAGAUGAUCGACCACACAUCUAAGAUUUCCAUUCUAAAUACAUUUGAAUGAAGGCCACAAUACAGUGCUGGCAAAAAAAUAUUGCAGUGUAUCUCCUGCCAUUAUAUUAGGGCAGUGUGUCUUUUUUUCAACAAAUGCACUGGAGGUUUUGAUUUCCUAGAUUACUCUGAAGUUUACUGAUUUCUUUUAUAAAAUGUGACAAUUGUUUUUCACUGGCGGGGAGUGAUCACAUUAUACCUGCACAUUCCAAAGCUGUAAACCCAGGGAACACACUGAGCCUUCAGAGUUUUUGUUUGUAGCUAUUUACAUGUGUGCACUGUCAUUGCUUCAAUUUUGGUUCUUUGGCUUGGGGUUUGAAGAAAAUGGCAAGCACUUGUAUGGAAGACUACACAGUACUCCCUUGUUUCCGUGAGUAGGACUCCUUAUCUAUAAAUCAAAUAUUUUUGUAGUUAGAGCAUAGAAAAGCUGUUUACGACCUUCGAAAUAUUUUUUUUUUAAUUAAUAGAGCCCUCGACAAUAACAAUACACCUACAGUCACCUUUACACUCGUAAUGUCAAAUAGAGAUAAGAUAAGGCAUAUUGCAUUAAUAAGACAUAAUAUGGACUCAGACGUUAGCACUGGGAGAGUUGCUUGUUGCUUUUUUACUCGGGUUCUGUGCAGUACUUCCUGCAGUGGCUAUUGUCUCAUCAAUGUACCAUUACUGACACCGAGUGACGACUGUAGAAUACAACAUCAUCACGUCUGUGAAUGAGUCUUCUGUAUGUGUUAUUUGUAUUUUACUUUAUUGAGCCAUUUUUAUGCUAGCAUAUGAAACAUUUGCUUAAAUAUGCAUUUUUUUUUUUUUUUUUACUAACGAUAGGCUGUUUAACUGUGAAAUAGAAAGAUUUAUUUAUACAUUCUUUAAAAAACUGAUAGAGUGAAGCUGCAAAAUUACAAGCAAGAGGUGACGAGGGAUUACUGUACUUGUUUUCUCAGCAUGGCACCAAAGCCCUCUAAACUGCUCUGGGGCAGGCCCCUCACGCCGACAUUUCUUUUUUCCCUGCAUGUCCUCAAUCAUUUUAUGCCUGUGUAUGGAUUGUUGUUGUUUUUUUAAAUACAUGUAAAUAAAAUUGACUUUGAACUGAACAAGGAAACUGCUGAACACGCAUUUUAAUGAUUAGACUAUUUUACGCCGUACCGGUAAUCUAACCAAAGAGCCUUUGUCCUCAUCUCUUUGUCUUUUGUCUUUUAUAUUUGAAAGUUUCAGGUUUCAUGUCACGUGUCAGUGUGUCCAAACAAAUGGCAAUGAGUUCAUAGUCCCGUGACCUGAAACCUAAUAUUAAUACUUACCGUACAUUAAGACAAUCAUUCCCUUUUAGCUUUGUAUUAUUCUUGGCCGUUUGAUAACGUAAUAAAAGUAUUGAGUUUUGAGUCCAAGCUGGAUCAACACAAUUUAAAUGGGAAAAUCUUUGGAAGUCAAAAACAAAAACACCACAUAAUUUUCAUGGAAAAUAAUUUAUUAGCGAGACCGUGCCCACCCCUUGUGACAUUUCCCUGACCGGAUCGUCUACAGGCUUUAAUGUUUCUUCGACACAAUGGAUUCUUUCAAUGAGCAAAAACUAGGUUAGCAAAGGACACAACAUGUCAUGAGAGAAUGAGUCAUAAUUAGCAUUAAGAACCAAAGUUUACAGUCUCCGUUUAUUGUGUGAAACCACACAAGUUGAAAACCCAAUUAUAUAUUAUAUAUAUUUAAUAUACAUUUAUACACACA